AUGAACUCCAUUCAGUUCAUUUCCAACAGAGUCGAUCGUGUUAUCAACCAUACCACCCCUCCAAGUACUCCUAUCAGAUCUCGGUCUGUUGUUUCUCUUGCUCGCGCGAGAGAUGAUAACGAUGAAUACAUUGAUGAUAAUGAUAGUAACAAUGGCCUUUUAACAUAUCGGCAAAGACAAAAUCAUCUAGAACUUAUAGACGAAUCUUUGGAACUUGGAAUUCAAAAUAAAAAGUACCAGCGUCAAUUUCAUUUGCAACCACGUUCAUUUUCUAGCCCAGCACUGCACAGCUUGGAAUCAAAACCUAGAUUUUCAUUGAGCAAUCUUUCCGAAGACAAAAAUAGCACAAGCCUAAAAACACUAAACAACAAUGACAAUAGCAACCUUAACAAGGAGCAACACCAAAAAUCACAGUUGUUCUUUCAUAGAGUGCUCGCAUUUAUUACUAGCAUAUUAUUAUUCAUUCCCUUUAGCAUUUACAAUUUUUUAAUACGCAUCGCCAUAUUAUUUCAUCUGACCUCAAACACAACAAAUAAACAGACUGAGACCUUGGAAAUGACUAAAUUGGCAUCUGAUUCCUCCACUACUACCAUAGUAUACGAUGGUCCUUCUCCAACUUCUUCCCAACAAACAUUUAAACGUUCCCUUGCAAGUUUCUUGGGUUGGAUACCAUUUUUUUCGACAACAAUUCCUUCUUCCCCAGCAUUUGCGUCCCCCACGGCUGUGGCAAAAACCCAACAAGGCGACGCUUCAUCCAACAACGACACUGACUCCAACAGCAUACCUUCUACUCCAAAACAAAAGACAAAAUCUAGAUCGAAGCCAAGUACCCCUGGAACCUUAGAAAAGCCCAAAACUCGAUCUCGGAAAAGUUCUUCAAGCACUGGAAAUAGACCUCGCUCAAUAAAGAGUGACUCCGGAACGGGCACCAAUACCCCAACAAACUCCGAACUGGAUUUACCUACGCGACAUGAUCAAGAAACAUACAACUCUACACCCAAGCGGCGGAAAUCUCCACUUUCUUAUGCAUUCAAGGUCCCUAGGAUAUAUUCUCCUCCACGACCACUCCUUCCCCCACAAACGUUUAAGCCACUAUCAUUAUGGCAGCUACUUUCACUUUCUCUUUCUGGACCCAAACCCUCUGAAAAACAAGAGGAGCUAAGUAAAGGACGUCCAACAGCUACGUCUCUUGCAUCGUCUUCUGUUCCACUACAAAUGUCCUCUAAUGCCAACGCCAUUCACUACCGACGUCUCAAAAAGAAAACUCUCAUACUUGAUCUUGACGAAACAUUAAUACAUACCCUAUCGCGAACCCCAGGGUUUUCACAGGGAGCAAUGGUAGAGGUAAAACUUAACAGUUAUGCAACAUUAUACACUGUACUGAAACGACCCUUUUGCGAUGAAUUUUUGCAAACGGUAUCCCAAUGGUACAAUUUAGUGGUAUUUACAGCGUCGGUUCAAGCAUAUGCCGACCCAAUGAUUGACUGGCUGGAAAAGGACCGAAAGUACUUUGUUCAGCGAUACUAUAGACAGCACUGCACUCAAACCAAUAUGGGAUAUGUCAAAGAUCUGGGUGCAGUGGAUCCCGAUCUUUCGAAUGUGAUGAUUAUUGACAACUCACCAAUUUCAUAUUUACAACACAAGGCAAAUGGCAUUGGUAUUGAGGGGUGGAUAAACGAUCCUAGCGAUAAUUCGCUUCUUGCCCUGAUUCCCUUUUUGGCUGCAAUUAGAUUUUCCACUGAUGUAAGAUCUAUACUUGGCCUUAAGGCUGGAGAUGCGGCUUUCACAUAA